AUGACUAAAUGUUCAAAUUGUGAAGUUGAUAAAACUCCAAUGUGGCGUAAAACUUUUGAUAAUGAUACUAAAGAAGUUAUUACAUUGUGUAAUGCUUGUGGUAUUUAUUAUAAAACUAAAAAUUGUCAUCGUCCAAGGUUAUUAAUCUCAAAGAAAAACAGUCUUAGUGUUGGUGAAUUAUUUGAUAAAUUAUCAAAUGAACAAAAAGAUGAUUCAAUAGUAAUUAAAAAUGAUUUAAAAUUAGAAGAUUUAAACAUUAUAAGAUGUUCAAAUUGUGAUAAUAUAAAUACUUCAAUUUGGAGAAGAGAUCAACAAGGAAAUUCAAUUUGUAAUGCAUGUGGUUUAUUCUACAAGAAGAAAGGUUAUCAUAGAUCAAUUAAAAAAUCAAAUAAUAAUGAUGAUGUUUUUUUUUCAAUUGAUGAAAAUUUAAUUAGAUUUAAUAAAAUUAAAAAACGUAAAAGAUCAAGCUCAUCAAGUGAUUAUAAUAUCACUAAACAAUCUAAAAAAAGAUCAAAAUCAUUAUCAAGUAAUGAUCAACUCAAGUCAAAUGAUACAUCACCAAAAACUCCAAAUUUACAAUUAUCUACAAUUACUUCACAACAAUCUGAUGAUUGUGCAAUUUCAAGUUCUUCAUCAUCAAGAAAAAAUUCAAUAACUUCACCACAACCUAUACAAUUAAUUUCAAAUCAAUCAAGAUCUUUAUCAUAUUCAUCAACAACUUCAUCAAGUUCAUCAAAUACAUCAACACCACAAUUCAAUUCAAAUUAUAUAUUAAAUAGUCAUAUAUUACCAACUUUACAUCCUGGUGAUAAUUCAUAUACAACAACAACAAAUAAUACAAUUGAAUAUCAAACAAUAAGGAAAUCUUCAAAUAUUAAAUUACCACCAAUUUCCACAAUUUUAAAUAUAAAUAUAAACCAAUAA